AAUCUUUAGUCGGAACGAAAUUUUUGUAAACUCAACAUUGGAAAACGUUCAAUUUUGAAUUAGAAAAUUGAUUUUAUUUCCAACGACGACGACGCUUAGUCAAAUUAUUUUUUUUUUACAAUUUUUGAGAAAUUAAUUGAAUAAUUUAGUGCUUCAAUUAGUGAUAAUAAAAUGUCUGCUGAAAUUCUAAGUGUCGGUGAGGCUGGCAAACAUGCCGGCGUUAUAAACGCGUUAUUGUUUGUAAAUGACCAUGUUUUUAGUGGGGGAAGUGAUGGAGUUAUUAACGUGUGGGGUAAAGACUUGCAAUUUCAACGGGACAUCCCCAUUCAUAAAGAUUUCGCUGUACUCGCAUUCGAAGCAAAUUUACAGAACCAUUUAUACACUAGUGGCCGUGAUGGAAGUCUGAGAUAUUUCCGUGUCCCAUGGCGAAGCAAUAACAAUGAUGUUUUAGUGCAGGCAGUUGCGGCUGAUGUUACAGCUCUGUUCUGUGUUGGCAAUCUUCUUUACUCAGGUGAUGACAAAGGCAUUAUCAACAGAUGGUACAACAAUAAAGUCAGUUGCCAAUUGAACGUGAUGAGGGAGGUGAAAUCAAUUGCUGUUGACGGAAAUAAUCUGUACACUUGUAGUGAAAAGGAUGUUGUUUUUACCGAUCUUAAACCUGACAUAGAAGAUGAAGACAAUACAAAAGCGACAAUGCCUGGACGCAAUCCGAUGAUUUUAUUCGGUCCGAAGGUCAACAAUCAUCAGGACUAUUUGAUAUUUUUGACACGCGACGGCAAGGGUAUCAACAUAGUAAAUAGCGGAUUCCCUUUCGAAGUUGUAUGGACUGAAGAGAACGCCCAUGAAACAGUUAUCAAUGGAAUAUGUGCCACGGACGAUAGUUUGUUUACUGCUGGAAGUGAUGGAAAAGUAAAGCGAUGGAAAAAUUUGGAUAGAAAACCGACAGUGGUGGAAACAAUUGAUGUUGGGAAGCGCAUAACUGCUCUAUGCAUUGGACCCAUUCACACAGUUAUCGUUGGUGAUCCGGAGUCUGAAGAGGGGGUUGAGACAUUUACUUACACGACAAUUUAUGCUGGCGAUGCAGACGGUGUGGUAAGGCGCCUUAAAUUUGAUGCAUAAAUUCAUCCUAGUUGACGAUUUUCAUUUUUAAUUUAAAAUUUUUGAAUUUUUGAUUUUUUUUUUCUUUGGUUAUUUUGAUCCAAAUAUUCUAAAUUUAGAUUUAACACUAUUAAGCGGGUAACGCGUGAACGAAUGAGAUCAAAUAAAUUGAAAAAUUAAUAAUAUUUUUAUGGUACUUCUGAUCGCACAUAAAUCUAAAAAUAUUUUCGGAUUUUUCUUUAAUAUUUCAAGAAUUCGAGAGAAAAAAUAACUCGAAUAAAGAUAGGCAUAAUUGACAGUGUCAUCCAUAACAUUUGUGUGGAACUCUGUUAUCACUGAAAACAAAAUAAAAAGGAAAAUAUUUUGAUUUAUUCAAUUUAAUGUGAACUUCAAGAGGUUGACCGCACAUCCUUUCACUUGAAUUGAACAGCAUCAAUAGAAUGAGUUAAAUUUUGUGGUGUACUUAUCUGCUAGCGGACAUGGAAAUAAUGUGGUAUCCUGGGGUAUUCGGUCAAAAUAACCCCACCAAAAUAACGAAUUGUAGUAAUAACUAAUGUCAAAAAAAUUAUUGGAAAAAUGACGAGAUGACCAGUAUAUCGACAAAAUUCGAGGAUAUCGACAAAAUUCGAGGAUAUCGACAGAAUUCGAGGAUAUCGA